UGUUUCAGACUAUUAAUGCUAUUGUCUUUCAUCUUCAUUGUUCAGCUGCUUUUGGUUGAUAAUAAAAUCACCAAUGCAAGGGAUCUUAUCAACGUUUUGGAAGAAGCCAUCAGAGGUGCAUACCCAAUCCUGAUAAUUGCAGAGGAUAUUGAGCAGGAGGCUCUUGCUACCCUUGUCGUCAACAAGCUCAGAGGAUCACUGAAGAUCGCUGCCAUCAAAGCCCCUGGUUUUGGAGAGCGCAAGACUCAGUACUUGGAUGAUAUUGCCAUCCUUACUGGAGCAACUGUAAUCAGAGAUGAAGUUGGGCUGUCACUUGACAAGGCCGACAAAUCAGUUCUUGGAACAGCUGCAAAGGUUGUCCUUACGAAAGGGUCGACAACAAUUGUUGGUGAUGGCAGCACCCAGGAAGAAGUUACUAAGAGGGUUGCACAGAUUAAAAAUCUCAUUGAGGCUGCAGAACAAGAAUACAAAAAGGAAAAGCUCAAUGAGAGGAUAGCGAAGCUUGCUGGUGGUGUUGCUGUCAUUCAGCUAAUGUGAAGUCCAGGGAUCGCA